AUGAGCAGCCAACCCGCCUCUGUGGCACCGCAGACAACAGCAUCAACAACCUCAUCCUCAUCAUCAGCAAGGCCACCCGUAACGCUCGGCCAAACAACCCAUCUCGACCCAGGAGCCUACGUCCGCGGCAGCCACGGGAUCACAAUCGGCGAGCAGACACUCAUCCACCCACGCGCACAGCUCAUCGCAACUCACGGACCACUAUCGAUCGGCGACAGAUGCAUCAUUUCCGAGAAAAGCAUCAUCGGCGGUCCUCUGGAAUCACCAUCAACGCUUCCUCCGGCGAGUGGGAGUGGUAGUUCCCUUCUACCAGCGCCCCAAAAGCCUGUUGACCAGGACAACGAUGAAUCAGAUCCCAUGAAGACGACCAUCUACCCGAAUGUCUACAUUCAUGCCUAUUCACGUGUACAUGCUGGAGCAACCAUCAAAGAAGCUGCAGUUGUUGAGGCGCAUGUUACCAUCUUUGCUGGUGUCACGGUGGGAUCUCAUGCGAAGAUCUGUGCUGGCGUGACGGUGGACCAGGAUGUUGAUGAUUGGACUGUGGUCUAUGGCAAUGGGGAUGUCAAACGGCAAAGGACGAACGGGCAGUCACCGGAUGUCGGAGCGCAGCACAUGGAAGUCGUAGAGGCAAUGAGGCUGAAAGCUAUGGACAAAGAGCGGGAGGGGACCGUCGCGAUUCUCAAGAUGGCAGCGAGGAUGGCAACCCUUGCAAAAAAGAAAUGA